AGUUUACUUGUGUUUGGGUUUUGACCUUUACAAGAUACACCCUUGCGAUUUGAAUAAAUCAAUUGGUACCUACAGCCAUGCACAUGGACCACCACCACACCUCUGCAGCUAGUACAACAGGUCCUCCUUACUCUUCAGUUCGUUUAUUUGCUUCACAUCAGUUACCGCCACCACAAGUUCAGCUACCUGCUAUAAACCUCCCUCAGCGUGCAUCAGCCACAACGCUCCCUCCCAUGGCUGCAAUGAACUCUUCGCCCUAUCGCCACCCUUCUCCAGUAUCAUGGGGUCCAUCAUCGUCAUCAAUCCAUCGCACUUCAAAUUCAAGAGAGGAUGUAUCAAUUCAUUCACAACGAGAGAUGAGGCAGAUGAAGAGAGAACCCACUCACCAGAUCCACUCAGUCCCCCCGCUCAAAGAACAGGAAGAUACCAUGCCAGCAACAAGCGAUUUCGUUAAAAAGCUAUACAAAAUGUUAGAAGACCAUACCUUCUCCCAUGUCGUCUCAUGGGGACCACAAGGUGACUGCUUCGUCGUAAAGGACAUGAACGAAUUCACAAAAUCUAUCCUCCCACGCAUGUUCAAGCAUUCAAAUUUUGCCUCCUUCGUCAGACAACUCAACAAAUAUGAUUUUCAUAAAGUAAAAACAUCCGAUGACGCCCAAUUUGGCGAACACAGCUGGACAUUCCGACACCCUGAUUUCCAUGCCGACAGACGCGACGCCCUCGAAAACAUAAAGCGCAAAGUCCCUGCUGCACGUAAAUCUAUUCCUUCCGCCUCUAACGGGGGUCUCAGCGGUGGCAGAGGAGCAAGUUCCGGCAGCCCCGUCCCAGGCGAAACUACUAACGCCGAAAUAGCAUCUGUGCAAUCGCACAUCAGCGUCCUGCAAAACUCGUACCAAUCGCUCUUUUCGUCACAUGAUACACUUUUGACAUCACACGAGACUCUACGAGGACAGACUGAUUCUUUACUUGCCUCCCAUUCAUCGUUACGCGCUCAGAAUGACAAUCUUUUCGCUACGAAUGAGAGUUUGAGGAAUCAAAUCGGAAGGGCUGAAGAGCGGAUUAGGGUGUUGGAGCGUCAGUACGGGGACGUACUUGUUGAGAUGGUCAAUUUUCAAAAGGGGAUGGCGCAGCAGGAUGGCUUGAUGCAGGGAUUGAUACAGUAUUUUUUAGGGGAGGGAGGUAAACCUAAAGACCCCUCAGACGCUACCUCCCAAACCGCCGCCGGGUCUUCUACCACCGCUUCAGCACCCCUCGCUCCAGCAUCGGUGUCUCAGUCUACUGUGUCUCAACCCCCACCUCAAACUCCCAUCCGCAGCAUAUCUCAAACCUCAACAACACCCAUCGCACCUAGCAUGACUCCCAGCACACACCCGCCGCCUUCCCUCCUGGCAUCCCACUCACAGCAGUCCAUGGGCCAACCUCAACCAUCGCCCUUCCUUGCACCUCCUUCAAACUCAAAUUCAUUCUUCAUGCCUUCCUCACACGCACGCAAAUCCAUGUCAGUAUCCCAGCCGCCUCAAUCGGCCUCCCUCCAUAACCCAUAUUCUCUCCCCCCUCCCCAUCCCCAUCAAUUCGUCCCAGCUCAAGAACUCGGCCUUCAAGAUCCAGAUAUGGUCGCGCGGCUGAGUCUGGUGCAGAUGAAUGAAAUGUCGAGGCGGGCAGCGAGCGAUGCGGAGUUUAGGACCCCGACUUCGAUGCCUAGGUCGGGUUCUGGUGCUUCGGGGUCGUCGGCGGGUGAGGAGAUGCAUAUGCAGAGGACGAGUGGGACCCAUUCGCAUUUGCAUCGAGGGGGGCAACAGCAACAGCAGUCGCCAUCACAAGCGUCAACACAAGACGGCAACGCUACGUUUAUCCUUCCCCCUGAUAUGAACUGGGACGCGCCAACGACAAUGCAUGAGGGACUGCAGGUUUUUACAGUUGGUCAUCUAUUACCCCGGAGUAGCGCGGAGGAUCCGAAUGGGAAUUGGAUGUUCAAUGUUAAUUCUUCGACGGGCCCUGUGCCUCCGCCUGCAGAAGGUGAAGGCGAAGGCGAGGGAGGGAAUGACACCGACACCGACAACGACAACGACAACCUACCAUCGGAACCCGAUCCAUAUUCUGAAGAAGUCGUACGUCCGACGUUGUCUAAUGGACAAUCUCAAUCUUCGACUACGCCUACGACUAUCCGUGUUCGACGGUCUACGUUCGUCCCAGGAUGGGCUGUUCCUCCUAGGGUGCUGCUUGUGGACGACGACGCGGUGAGCAGGAGAUUGAGCAGCAAGUUUCUGCAGGUAUUUGGAUGCAUGAUCGAUGUUGCUGUGGAUGGCGUUGGAGCUGUGAAUAAGAUGAACCUUGAAAAAUAUGAUUUGGUAUUAAUGGACAUUGUGAUGCCCAAAAUGGACGGAGUUAGCGCUACGAAUCUCAUCCGCCAAUUCGACCACAUGACCCCCAUCAUCAGUAUGACGUCUAAUUCAAAACCGAGCGAGAUUAUGACGUAUUAUUCAUCUGGGAUGAAUGAUAUUUUGCCCAAGCCGUUUACGAAGGAGGGGUUGUUGGAUAUGUUAGAGAAACACCUUAUGCACCUCAAAGUUAUCCAACAAAUGUCGAAAGUACCACGUUCGCUCGGCGUCCCUCCUCUGUCAGAUCCGUCUUUUAGCGAAGCACUCGCGGUCGGGGCGUCACAAUUACAACGACACACUUCAGCGUCCAAUCCCAGUUCCUCAUCUAAUUCCUCCUCCUCUUCUAGUCUGCAUCCGAUGGGAAUGUCGGGGUACGACGACGAUGGACGGAUUAACCCCCUAGCUGGGAUGGGUCUAUCUGACGAGCGAUACGCAGCGAUUCUCAGAGAUCUCGUUACUCAGGAGAGUUUUUCGGGCGUUGGAGUGCCCGAGGGCUUUUCGUUCGGUCUAGCAGGUGCCUUAGGUUCUGAGAUGGGAGGGGAGAAACGGGGAUUGGACGAUGAGGGCGAUGGGAGAGAGGGGAAAAGGGGACGGUUUGAGAUCAUCGAGUAAGUUUCAUCAGAAUGGAUACCAGUUUCAGAGACACUUUUUCUUUGAUGCCAAUCCCAUGGACUCUUGCUUUUGCGAGCGUUUGGGUAUGGCGCGUUGUUCACUCGUACUUCUCACUUUCCUUUACGUAUUCUCGUCACGUCAUGAUCUUCAUACCUCAUGUUACCAUGCUUUACUUUGCGCUUAUGCCCGUCUUCAUGAUAUCAUAUCCUACGCUUUCGUUUCCAAUUUCGCCCUCUUGUAUCGAGAUUGUUUUUCUUUUCUUUUUUUUUGUUCUCUGUAUUACCGCUGUACUCUAUUGCUGCAUGAUAUAUCGUAUACGAAUUUAGCCUGUGGAGUCUCCAGAUCUAGACAACUAUUUGAUGGGUUAUGUAAUACGUCGUGGUCUCCCAGCCAGACCAAUCGAAUGUCCCUUCGUAUUAAGAUUUUAUGGUAUGUUCAUGGAUGCUUUUCCCCAUGGCAUUAACGCAAAC